AUGCCCAAAGACACUCACGGCAAGAGAAAAAAUGGAGAGAAAAAUGUCAUCCCGCGAAAAGGGAGAAAUGUCCACCUGUUCGAAACUCCUCAGUUCAAGGAAGACCUGAAACGUUCCAUCGACAAGAAUUUCAAAAAGACCUAUCCUCAAGGAAUGAAAAUCGAAACAUCACUUCCUCUCGAUCAACUUUUGGCUCCGUGUAAAAAAACUCGUGGGAAGAAGGGAAGAAUCACCCGACCGCAAAAUGCCUUCAUCCUAUAUCGCAAGGACAAUCAAGCCAAGAUCAAGGAGGACAAUCCAGACGCGAAAUUCGAACAGGUGUCCAAGAUAGUUGGUGACCUCUGGAAGAAUGAAAGUAACCAACGAAAGAACAAUUACAUUCUACUAUCAAAUCUCUGCAAUCUCGUGCAUCAAGAUCUCUUUCCGAAUUACAAGUUCAAACCGAAGUCGAAGGAGAACAGUGAGCAAGUGACGAGCGCCACCGAGACCGAUGAAGAGGCAGAGGGGGCAGAAGGAGAGGGAAAUGCGCAAUCAGAAUCGCACGACAAUGACUCUCGAGUUCCUUUCGAAGUCGGCUGUUCGGAUGCCACGCAAGGUGUCGUCGAUUUUCCAGGAUCAAACCAAUUAUUCGCAUCCUGCCCUGUCCCCGGAAUGCCGAUUGUGUACGAUAAUUCCAUAACACUAACUUCACCCGAAGACAUCUCGAUUAUCUAUACCGAAGAGAAUCCCAUUUCCGAUAACUUGUCGACACUGUAUUCGCAACUUGAACUGGACAAUUUUUCGUUGCAACCAGACUUUUUCGUGACCCCUCAGCCGUACGCCCGCAGUGAGGGUUCAGAAGCUGACGCAAACCUGCUUUACCUGCAGGACUAUGAGGACUUUCAAAUUCCUACUUUCCCGAUAGUUGACAAUACCACGAACGCCGAUUCUCUGUUGUUUUCGUACAACACCUCGGGGUCCAUCAACGAUACGACCCAAAAUUUUCAACCUUCCUACGACAUAAAUUUUCUCAAUUCAUACAGAGACGAGCAAAUUAUGCGAUUCUUCCCGAACACACAGGACUCUCAAAAUUAA